AUGUAUGUGAAAUGGUUUGAUACAGUAAUGUUUUACUAUGUGAUUUUAGUGAAUGUCACUUUUUGUCAUUUUCAAAUUUCCCGCCAGUUCCAUCCCCGUACGUCCCGACGCUCGCAGGGGACGGAACCCAGAUGACAGAUGAAGGCAUCCACCGGAGGACAUUACAGGGGACACUGCAGGAGGGACAUCAAGGGAGCGCAGGACAAGGUAAGUGAUCGAGGGAUCCCGGAGCAGCGCCGCAUGGUAAGCCCAAGUGUAGCUCGGGUUACCACUUGUGCUACACUCGGGAAUACCGCCAGGGAGGCUACGGUU